AUGGCCGCUCAGGCUGCUGCCGGCCGCCAGCAACCUCCCCAAACUGAUGGUUCGGUACGCCUCACCACUGCUACUAACCAUCUCCAUUCCCACAAGUCUUUUGCCAAUGCUGUAACCUCCGGACUCAACUCCGAGAUUCCUGAGGACAGUCCUUACUCUUUUCUGGCGGAGCCUCGUCCGACUGCUAUUGGACAAUGGAUUUCUACUGCUGGACAGCCGCGCCUUGCUUUUACUGCUGACGAAACAGCAAGGUACACAGCCUCGCACCCGUACAUUCUUAUCGGUAAAUUCUCUCAUGGGUACUCUUCUUGGAAAGAUCUUACCGAAGGUUUUGCGAGUUUCUGUUUGGCGGGGAAGUUUGUUUUGCAGCAUCUUAAUCACCGCCAUAUUGUGAUUCGCCUCACUACCGAGGCUGAUUAUAUGCGACUUUGGAUUCGUGGAACUUGGUUCAUCAAAGGAUUCCCGAUGAGAGUUCUCAAAUGGACCCCCGAUUUCAAAACUACCGAGGAACCCCCACAUGUUCCGGUGUGGGUUACGCUCCCACUACUUCCUCUCCACAUGUAUCACAGAGAUCUUUUAUUUACGGUUGCUGCUGGCAUUGGGACCCCUCUGAAGGUUGAUACCCCUACGGCGACUCGGAGUCGGUGCUCCCACGCCAGAGUCUGUGUGGAAAUUGACCUUACGAAGCCCCUCCUGCAUGCCUUCGAGAUUGAUGUGGGUACUGGUGUGCUCGAGCAGAAGGUCAUCUAUGAGCGUCUACCUAGUUUCUGCUCACUCUGCCGCCAUCUCGGACAUAAAGCAGAGGCUUGUUUACGCAGACCUUCUUCGCAGCCGGUACCAGCGACCGUAUCAGCUGCGCAGGAUCCUCCUGCUGCGCCUUCUGGUCGCCAUGACUCGGUGCAUGGCCCUUCUGAGAUCUCUGCGGCCCCUGCCUCUGGUGAUAUCAUGGAAUCCCGGCCCCCCACUGCUCGACGCCGUCGUCGGCGCCGCAAUCGAAAUCGGGGUACGCCUUCUACUGGUAUCACUAAUGAUUCUGGCUCCUUGCAGGCUCCUCUUCGGCCCCUCCGCCAGGACCCCCAGCCUUCUACCCGGAGACCUUCUGAUGACAUACCGGAGUUGAACGGUUCCAGACGCCUUCGUUCAGGUGUGCGGGUGUCCUUUGGGGAGACACAAGUGGCCCCAAAUCCAUCACAGACGGCCAGGAAUUCACAGCAGGUAAUACCGGCGUAUCUCAGCGGCCCUGCGGAGGCUCAUCGCCCCCACGCUCCUCCUCGGGUGACCUUUGCCCACUCACGGGGGGAUGCCUCUGCGAUCCUGCUUACCUCUGGUGUUCGAGUUACUUUUGGGGACUUCCGGGCGCCUUCGGAAACCUCUCCGGCCCGCCCUCUGGCUGGACAGACUACAGCUGAGCCCCCGAUCGACAGUCCUGCUUCCCCGCUGGACGACUGUCGGCUGAGUCCCACUCCAGCGACUCCUGCCACCGCUCCAGCCCUCGGUCUCCUUCUGCAGCCCCCUUUGGACGAUCAGGUACCCUCGCCGCCUUUACCACUGCUUCCUGAUGAUAUGCAGGUACCCCCGGAGCCUGUGUCGCUUCCUCCUGCUCAGUCUUUGGCAAUCUGGGGACUCCCCUCUGGUCAUGGCCUGGAUAAGGGGAAGGCAGUGCUGCUCUCGGACCCCCCUGCAUCACCUAUCUGCGAUCGACGUGAUCUUUCAGUGGACACAUGCCUAUCGGCCACGGGUUCUCCUUCCUCGGACACCCAGCGGGAUGAGGACUCUGCACUUCACGCCACUUUCGCCGAGGACUCGGAUGGUGACUCGCCCCUUAUUAAGGAUGGCCAACCGCCCCUCCUUGAUUCACUGUCUCUCUCCCCGAGAGGUACCACUGAUUUUCACUCUUGUGAUCUCCCUGCUGAUGCAACUACAGGGACAGAGCUCCUCCCUGAAUCUGGUCCGAACCCACCCCUCCUGCGGACUUCAUCGGAACCGCUCCCUGUUGUCGCUCUGUCGACGGAGUCGCAUCCGAGCAGAGGGGUGUGCGUUUUGAACCAGGCUGCUGAUCCUCCGUCUCUCAGCGGAUCUUUGGAGACAGUGUCGGAUGACCGGCCACAGGCUCUGCCGCCAACCUUCUCUAGACCGAUCACCCGCAGCAUCUCUCGUCAGCAAGUAAGUUCCUCUCGUCGCCCUUCUGCUAGUACUCGAUGACAGACACCUACAUUCUGGUCUGGAAUGUUCGAGGAAUUGGUAACCCCAGGGCUCAACGGGAGGUACAUUGGCUUUGUAAGCAACACCGUAUCCGCCUUCUCAUCAUCCUUGAACCUAUGGUUCUGGCGGACACUGCUUUCUUCUGCCGGCGGUUUGGUUUCUCUCAGAUGCUAACCAACACGGCUAAUUCUAUCUGGAUUCUUGCUGAUGAUUCUUAUACACUGGCGCCUAUAUCGGAGAUCGAUCAGUGUCUUCAUGUGCAGGUAUCAUCUCCACAGAUUCGCCGGCCUUUUCUUUUAUCUGGCAUAUAUGCGAGGUGUUCUAUCACCCAGCGCCGCGAGCUUUGGUCUUUCUUACAUGACACCGCGAUUUCGUCACUGGGAUCCCCCUGGCUGAUUGGCGGUGAUUUUAAUGCCAUCGCCGAUAUAUCUGAACGGAAGGGCCCGGGUCGGCCUAAAUUGCGCUCUAUUCAGGAUUUCUCGACCGCAAUCCUCGAUGCGAACCUCAUUGAUGCUGGUUUCGAGGGCCCCCCGCACACAUGGACCAAUCGGCGGGUUUGGGAGCGCCUUGAUCGCAUUCUUUACAGCUCUGCCUGGGAGGAUUUUGCGGAGACAACUCGAGUCAGGCACUUACCGCGGAUGCAUUCGGACCACGCCCCGCUCUUGGUCCGUUUCUCGCAUGAACGGCACCGCCUAGCCUCUGCAUUCCGGUUUCAGAACAUGUGGACUAGACACCACUCUUUUCAGGACCACGUCCGCCAGAGUUGGGCUGUCCCGACGGGCACCACCGGUCUCCUCAACCUGCGAUUGAAACUCGGACGCCUCAAGCAGGCUCUGAAGUGGUGGAACAAACAGGUAUUUGGUAAUGUGUUUCAGGUACUUGCAGCAGCAGAGAAAGAUGCUGAGGAGUGCGAAGCGGAUUUCGAUCGGGAUCCCUCUGACGCCAACCUCCUCCGUCGUCAACGGAGCGCAGCAGCCUUGACACAUGCGAUUUCUCUUGAGGAGGCCUUCUGGAAACAAAAAGCAGCAUGUCGUUGGGCAGUUGAGGGAGAGCGAAACUCCAGAAUGUUCCACUCCAUGGUGAAGGAACGGCGUCGGCGGGCUACGCUUUUCUCGAUGAGGGACGGUGCUCGUACCCUCACUGAUCACUCAGCCAUUAAGCAGUCAGCUAUUACCUACUUCUCCGAGAUGUUUGGUCAGCCUGACGAUGCAGACACCUCGGGGAUGGAUGCACUGGCGGACC